AUGGCCGUUCUCAAUGCACCUGUCUUACCUUCGCUCGAUGGAACUCUGAGCGUGCUUCCCGAUAUCGUCGAUUUCCAUGCAGAACACAAUCUCAAUCUUCCAAUCUUUGUCUUCCCCAAUGCCUUUGACGAGGACAAGAUCACCACUGUUUCCUUCCUCGAGUUCGCGAAUGCAACGAGCCGCAUCGCCCACAUUGCGCGUCCUGCACGCACAGGCCCCGAUGGAGAGGUCAUUAUCGUCCUAGUCAGCUGCGAUACACUGCUCUAUCACACGCUGCUCGUCGGCCUUGUUCGCGCAGGGCUUGUGCCAUUUCUUAUGUCUCCUCGCAACUCUGCACCUGCGAUCGCGAGCAUGAUGGAGCGCACGGGCUGCCAUCGCGUCGUCACUCAACCUGCUUUCGCUUCCCUGGCGGACGCGAUUCAGACCGAGUUGCCACCGAUGUACUCCGUUCAACUGGACGACUUGCCUGUGCUGGCAGACAUUUUCCCAUCGCUCUUGUCCUCUUAUGAUCCAUCGCGGUCGCUUGUAAAACCGUAUCCACGCCCUAAGAAUGCGCCUUUGCCCUCCGAUGUCGUUCUCUACUUGCACUCGUCUGGGUCCACUGGCCAUCCGAAGCCAAUCCCCCAGACGAACACUACAUUGCUGCACUGGUGUCAUCUCCCGCUCAUCGCGGAGCCGCGUGCAAGAGGUAUCCACUGGGGGUGCAUGGCGCUUCCGCCGUUUCAUACGAUGGGUCUCUCUACGCAGCUGCUCUCUCCACUCUCGUCAGGUUGCCCAACAAGUCUCUUUGCGCCUCGAGCGCUCGUCGGCGCGCUACCCGUAGUGCCGACACCGCAGAACACUUUGGAGACAGCGCGGAAGACUGGCUGCAAUGCAAUCGAAAGCGUUCCUACAUUCGUAGAGGCUUGGUCCCAUAGCGAGGACGACAUUAAAUAUCUUGCCUCGCUGAGGGCUCUAGUCUUCGCAGGGGGUCCUCUUUCCACCGCGAAUGGUCGCAAGCUUGUCGCAGGCGGUGUUCGUUUGUUCGCCUGCUAUGGUGCCACCGAAUUCGGGACGCUGACGCGUUUGUUCGACGACGAUGUCGACGGCCCCAGCCCAGUGGGAAAGACGCGCGACGAUUGGGAGUGGAUGCAGAUGCCAAAGGAAUGCAUACCACGCUGGAUUGCGCAGGGAGACGGGACAUUCGAGCUCCAGCUUCUGCCCUCUGUGGAGAAUUUGCCGAAUGGCGAACAUGGUUACUCGACGUCUGAUGUCUGGGUGCCGCAUCCGUCGAAACCUGGCUUGUGGCGCAUUGUUGGACGUUCGGACGAUGUGAUUGUUCUUGGGUCCGGCGAGAAAACUGUGCCCGUGCCUCUGGAGAAUCACAUUACGGCGCAUCUCUGGGUUGCUGGCGCUGUCAUGUUCGGCCGUGGGCGCCAGCAAGUCGGAAUCAUCAUCGAGCCGCAACAAGGUCGUGAAGUCCGCCCGGGAGACGAGAAUGGACUCGCGCGGUUCCGCAACGCUAUCUGGCAUCAAGUGGAGGAGGCUAACCGUGCCGCACCUGGGUUCUCGCGCAUUUUUAAAGAGAUGAUCCUUGUCGCGGAUCCAGAGCGUCCGUUCGUCCGCGCCGCCAAAGGAACCAUACAGCGUAAAAAGACUCUAGAGUUGUACGACAAAGACAUAGAAGAACUAUAUGUUGUUAUAGAAGAAAGUCGAGACGCGCAUGGCGUUGUGCCACCUUCGUCCUGGUCCCUGAACGCGGUGCAGACUUGGUUGACCGAACAUGCGACCGCGAUCAAUGGGGGCAAGGCACCUAUCCUCGACAAGGAUAUCUUCGAGCAAGGCUUCGACAGCCUCAGCGCAACAUAUUUGCGGAACCGUAUAAUCGGUGUUUUGCGUCAAUCGUCAGACACGGCCGUCAAUGCUGCGGCACAAAGCGUACCGUCCAACUUCAUUUUCCAGAACCCCACCCUGUUCGCGCUUGCUGCGGCGAUUGAAUCUCUAAUCCACACGACUGUCGCAUUCGCGUCUCAGUCGAAGACGGUGGAGAUCGACGCUAUGAUCACCAAAUACGCCGCCUUGCUUCCUGUUUCACCGUCGUUGACCGACUCGCGAUCCGGCGGUGGUGCGGUAGUGUUGCUUACAGGUUCGACGGGUGCGCUCGGCGCACACAUCCUGGCCCUUCUGCUUGCAGACCAGCGGGUCAAGGUCGUGUACGCGCUUAACCGCGGCACAAAACUUGAAGAACGUCAAAAGGCCGCGUUUGAUACUGCCCAACUGCCCACAGCUCUUCUCCAGAAUGCAAAGCUGAUGCUGUUAUCUGGUGAUCUGACCCGGGAGGACCUUGGCCUAGAAAAACGAGUGUCGGAUGAGCUCAGCGCAUCCAUAACGCACAUCAUACACAACGCGUGGAGGGUCGACUUCAACCUCUCUCUUGCGUCUUUCGAAUCGCAGAUCGCAACGGCCAUUAAGCUGUUAGCAUUAUCGCCUGGCGCAUAUUACCUCUUCACGUCGUCAGUCUCGGUUGCGGGAGGCUGGUUCGACGCCAACUGUCGUGGCGCUGUACCGGAACAGGCGUUGCAUAAUUCGAGGGUUGCAGCGACGACUUCGGGGUAUGGAAUGUCGAAGUAUGUGGUGGAGGAGGUUCUCUCUAAGGCGCGCGAGCAGGGCAUGCGUACGACGUCGUUGCGAAUCGCCCAGAUUUGUGGAUCGUCUACAAGAGGGGCGUGGAACACGUCCGACUGGGUGCCGACCAUCGUCAAGUCUAGCGUUGCGCUUGGUGCGCUGCCUGAACUCGAUGGGGCGAGUUAA